UGAGACAGCUUUGCAUUCACUUCCUUUUAAAUCAAUCUCAUUGUUUCCACCUCUUAAGAAAAAACAGAGAAAAAAGUAAUAAGAAGGAAGAGUACACAAUGAAGAACGGGUCAGGUAACACGAACACAAAGCUCAUCCUUCUUCAUCCUUACAUCCAAAAACAAACGAGCACAACUCGUUUAUGGCUUCUUGCUUUCAUCUCUUUCUUCACCAUCGUGUUCCUCCUCACUCUCCUUUACACAAGAGACACAAUACCUUCCAAAAACACCUCCGUUGCAGCCGCUGUAGCCGCCGUCGUCACUGGAGGAUCAUCAUCAACUCCGAUCUCCAACACCAAUCUACCUACGAGUGCAAUCAACGCAUUGCUUCACUACGCGUCAAGAUCCAACGAUAGUUUCCACAUGUCUUACGGUGAGAUGAAAUCUAUCUCUGACGUCCUCCGCCGUUGCGCUCUGCCGUGUAACCUCCUCGUCUUCGGCCUUACGCACGAGACUCUCCUCUGGAAAUCGCUAAACCACAACGGUCGAACAAUCUUCGUCGAGGAGAAUCGUUACUACGCAGCUUACUUCGAAGAGAUCCACCCGGAGAUAGACGUUUUCGACGUUCAAUACACGACGAAAGCUCACGAGGCCGGAGAACUCGUUUCCGCGGCUAAAGAAGCCGCCGGAAACGAGUGUCGUCCCGUGCAGAAUCUUCUCUUCUCAGAUUGCAAACUCGGACUCAAUGAUUUGCCUAACCACGUCUACGAUGUUGACUGGGACGUAAUCUUCGUGGACGGGCCACGUGGCGACGCUCACGAAGGACCGGGGAGGAUGUCGUCUAUUUUCACGGCGGCGGUUCUUGCUCGGAGCAAAAAAGGCGGGAACCCGAAGACGCAUGUGUUUGUUCAUGACUAUUACAGAGACGUUGAGAGGCUUUGUGGCGAUGAGUUCUUGUGCCGUGAGAACCUAGUCGAGUCUAAUGACUUGCUUGCGCACUACGUGUUGGAUAAGAUGGAUAAAAACAGCACGCAGUUUUGCAGUGGUCGUAAGAAACGUUCGGUUUCUUCCUUGUCUUAGAAGUGACGUGACAAGACGUUACAUAACGUCAUAUACUGUAAAAAAUAAAAAGUUUUUUUUUUCCCUUUGAAGGUUUGAUUUUUGUGCUGGUGUAAAAUUUCCAAUCUUGCAUAUAUUGAUGACUUUAGUUUAAAUCAAAAUCGUUUAUUUUCCCUUUGAA